AUGCCAGAUCUUGGAAAAUUCCCUGCAUUGCGGCGUAGGAGGAAGGAUAAGCGCGAAGACCAACAGACUCCCAAUAAAGAGAGUAGCACUACAUCCGUUACUCAAGUUAAUGUCAAUUCGAUGCUCAAUCAGCCAUCCGACCAGCCGCAGCAUUAUACUUCUGACAAACUUGCUGCCCAGGAUGCGACAUGGCCUGCAGCGACUCAACAGAAACUGGCUCAAGCCGCAUCAGAGUAUCUCAGCAAGGACCCUACGAACGAUAAGGGGCAAUGUUCUUCUGAUUCUUUGAUGCUACUAUUACGAAACAACCCUACGUAUCCAGAUCUAUGUGCACAAUUGGAAUCUCGAGGAUUUGUUCUAGAUAGACAAGCCCUGGCCAGAUCUCUUCUCGCAGCGGUACCGGCGCUUAUCAGUAACAACACUGCUUCGCAAGAGCCAAAGAAUGGGGAAGCGAAUGGCAGCUUGACUUCUCAACAAGUGCAAAACUCGGAUCCUGGAGCCAUAGAAUCUAUGGCGCUACAAGCUACAAAACCAGCUCCAUCGUCUGCAGAAAAGGCUGCUUCGAAGCCCCAACCAAAGAAAAAUCCCGCACAUCCAAAGUCUCCUCGAAUAGAAAACAUGCCACAGCUUUCUACAGCAGAUGUUCUAUUUCUCGACGCGAAUGGUGGCUCGGCUUCUAUGUCCAUAGCGGACUUGGGGACAAAUGCGUCCGCCCUGCCUAAGAACAAACCUGCAUCGUUACGAAAAUCCCUAGCACAGCCUAUUCCCCCGCCAGUGCUUGGGCCAAAACAAGAGAAGGCGAGGAAGCGACUGUUUUCUGAGAUUGUCGACCUAUCGUUGCUGAGCAGUGACGAAGACGAUGAAGCAGAUGAACAGGAAGAACUAAGUGACGAAGAGACGGGUUCCCGCCUCUCUAAACAGGCUAGAAUAGAUCACGCCUCCAUUGAACAUGGCGGCUCCUCUGGCUUUGACCAGCCCAGCAUAGACAUUGGUGCACCCUCUCCCCGUCCAUUUGAAUCGGAGCGAUCCAAAUCCCCUACCGAUUCGCACAUGGAUGAGCCAGAGAUCGACUUUAACCCGGACGACGAGUUCUGCAUCAGAUCUAUCAAAGCUUUUAAGAAGAUCGCCAAGCCGAUAGAACCUUCAGCGGCUUUGGAACGAGUUUACUACAAUCCCAAAUCAGUGGCGCGAGAUAUCUUAAUCACGGCUGGACGGCACCCGUCGGAGCGUCCGCUGAACUACCACCUGAUAAAAUUCCCGGACAUAUUUGCGGGGAUUGGCAGCAAGACCGACCUGGGGACGUUUCGCUGGGACCUGGUCGACCCAGGGGGACCGGCCAUGCCUGUUGUCGAGCUGGAAGACAUCCUGGCCGAGCCUCCGCGUGUUCCUCGCAAACGGCGCCGCGAUAGGCAGUCACGUGAGAACACUGAUAAGGAGGGCCCCGCCUCGGACGCGCCUCACACUGAACUUGGUCCUGACUCUCUGUCUGUUACUACGACACCGCUAGUUCGAAAGACGAUGACUGGCACGCCCACUUCGGGGCCAGGGUCUGGUCGUCGCGGUCGGCCGCCCGGGUCGAAGAACAAGAAUCCAACCAAGGCGACUCUGAAAGCAGCCGCAAGGAGCGCUCAAGUUGCUGCCCCCGCUCGUCUCCCCAUCCCAGAUGCGCCGUAUCCGAUCUUUACAUGUGAGUGGGCUACGUGUCCCGCGCAACUCCAUGAUGUUCAUACGCUCGAGCGCCAUGUCGACAAGGCGCACGUCCCUGGACAGACGCGUUGUCAGUGGAGCCGCUGCCCGAACUCGGAUACCGAGUACGAUGGUGAAGACCUCAAAAAGCAUCUGCAUCAGGCGCAUGUCCAAGCACUGGCAUGGAAAUACGGGGAUGGACCGUCUGUGAACGGCACCGAUAUUCAGCUUGACCGAUACCUAAACGCUAAUGGAUCGAUCAUCACUCCGGAUGCGAAUAAAGCCGGAGAAAGCGAUUCCCUUAUUUUCCCCGUCGAACCGACGCCGAUCCGUGCCUUCAACAAAUUGCGUGGCAAUGACAUGCCGACACAGAAAGCACAGGAGGUACUCUUAGCAGUCCGAAGGCGCCGCAAGCAAGUUGGUAUCGGGCUUGAGCAGCAGGGAUGCGAAUUCUCCAAUCCAACACGCAACAAGGUAUUCGUAAACGACGAGGAGGUUUACCAGGUGGUGACGGAUGACGAGGAGGAUGCGGAUGAUUGGUUCCAACAAGGUGACUCGUCGUAA